CAUUCCUAAACAUCACACGCAAGCACUUUCACUUUCUUCGCAAUUUGUCGUGUUUUACAACUUUCGAUUUUCGUUCCCAAGUUAGCACAGUGUUAGAGGAAAUCUUAGACACAAUUCUGCUCCGCUGUCAUCGUCAUUUGAAUCUCAGCAAUGGGUAGCGCAACAUCAAAGGCAAAGAAAAACAGUCAAAAGGAAACAGAUCCACAGCGCCACCCGCCGUCUUCACGAGGUAAAACUCUGAGCGACACAAAGAAAAUCCUUCUUCUUCACAAAUCGGGCGAAGAGCAGCUCAAAGUCGUGAAGAAUUUCCGCGACGCUUUGACUAUAGCAGCGAAUGGCGGCAUUCGCGUGAUAAAUUCUGUCAACAUCGAUGAAGGAACAGAUAAUUUCGAAGGGCUUCCCUGGCUUGAACUGGAAUUAAACAACGUUAUUUUAAUCUGCCUAACGUCAGAGGCCAUCGUCCAGUUGGAAACUAUACUUCGUGAGAAGCGGCUGGCAGAUGAAAACGGCCACCUUCAUGGAAAAGUUUUCAGCGUUUCGUUUGGGGAAAACAUGUCUUCUGAAUGGCCACCGAAGGGGAUCAAACGAAGUACACUUAAUGCCCGAGAUUUCUACUUCGGGUUCGCAAACGUGGAAAAGUUACGGACGAAAGAUUUUGAAAAAUCGGAAAAAAUGAAUGCUCUUGUCGCCGCGAUCAAAGGAACAGAUUAGGACAGAACUGAUUCCCUUCGAAAGGAAUUUGUUUCUGUAAGUAUUUUUAAAGUCCUGAAUACCUCGUAUAAAAUUAGAAAUGAUCUUUACCUUCAAAAGGUGUCGGCUACAGCUUCUGAACUAUGGUCGCGGAACAGAAAUACGUGAUUAGUUACAUUUUUACAACGAACUAAGAUUUAGCGUAGAUUCAAGAGGUUUCGCGUUUACGAAUGAUUGUAAAAGACAGCCUGGAUUUUCGCCUAGUGUUUUGUUAUUUACGAGUUUUAUUAGAUUUUGAUAAAUGCUUCCCUUUUUUAUGCGUUGUCAGUUCAGAAAAUUUUUUAGUGAUUUUUACAAAAUUCUUUGUAUUCGUUAACCUAGGUAUAGAGAUCAUCUGAUUUAAAUUUAUGUCACCGAGUUUUGCAAUAAACCAAUGUUGAAGAGGA